UAAUGCAGUUUCCAUUUAAAUGGAAUCUUAGUUAAUUUAAUUUGCGAGACAGUCCCUAUAAUCAAACAAAAGCAAAGUGAUUAACAUUUGUAUCCUUCCUCGAAAAGAAAAAGAAACUAACGUUUGAUAUAUAUUUAACAAACAAUAAAAACCUAUAGCAUAUAAUCCAUUUUCCUAUAGCCAACUUAAAUGAAAUUAGUUAAACGCGUUUCAAAAAAAAAAAAAAAAAUCAUAGACAAGAUUGCAUAAUAAGCGAAAUAAUAAACAUUUUACUACACUAAAUUCUACUGAACUAAAUUUUUAAUACAUACACAUACAUAACUUUAUCAAGAGGGCCAUGGUAAAUAUUUUACAUGCGGCCAACAGCAUCCGAUAUUCAAGAACAAUUAGCAACAUUCUUCAUAUAACUAUAAAAGAUAAAGAAACAUAUAUAUUGGAAUACGAAACUUUUGCAAGCUUAAAUUAUUCAAAAAAAUCAACAUUAAAAAAAAAAAAAAAAAAAAUAAAUAAUAACAGAAAAUGACAAAUAAAUAUAUUGUUAUACAACCCACGAUAUGUGUUUGCAAUGGGAAUUUUAUGAAGGGCCCAAGGGUGAGAAACUUUUUGGAAAUGCGUAAUUCACUCUACAUUCUAUAUUAGGGCUAACUUAAAGCUUUGGAUAAGCGUGUUCUACGUUCAGAUUAUGGAUAUAUGUAUAAGUAUAAGUCUAGAAACAUCUUUUAAACUUUCAAUUGAUUCGGCACGCAGAUUAAACUCUUUCGUAAGCCAAUAUUGAGCAUGGUCAAAUGGUAUAAAAAAGGAUUUGCAUGUGUCGAUAAUCUGAAUUGUUGUAACAGGUACCAGGUACCAGAUAACAGGCUAACCUGCCUUCAAUUGCUUGACCUAUAAAUUUAGCUGUACUCGUCAAAUGCCAGUGCUAUAAAUGGCACACAUUGAACUCGAAAUUUAGUUAAAUGGAGCCACAUGCCCUGCAUUGCCAUUGAUUCAUUCGCCUAGGCACGCACGUGUCUAGGUCGAGGCCAAUGAUUGACAACUAGAAGAAAACUUAAGACUUACCCAUGCCCCAGUGCCCGAACUAAGGAGCUAGGUGGAGGGGAAGGGGUGGUUCGAAAAGUCGCACCCAUAACCGAUGGCCCAUUAAAUAGCGACUUUGAAAGUUUCAACAACACCAACGCAAUCGCCUGAAAAUGUGUGGCAAGCACGCAACUGUCGACGUCAUGGUAGCAGAGGGUCGACAGUACUUGAAAACACUUGUUGUAGUUAAGUGAAAUACGGUGAAUAUCAAUCAGAACGUAGGCAGAUGUCAGCUAUAAAUAUGACUAAUAAUCAAAACACAACCAAACUGAGCCGCUUACCAAUCAAAACAAAAGCAGGCGCCGGGUCGCAACAGGUGUUGCCCGUGGCUACGGGACUGCCUACUACUGGGCUGUCGACUACACCCUGGCGUGUCAGUCAAGCUGAACUCAAAACAACCCGUCAACUAGGCGACUGUCAAAUGCGCCACAUGUCCGUAAUCCGUAAUAUCGACCAAACAGCGGCAAGCAAUAUAAUGUGAACUUUAGACAACUUUCUGGGUCUCCGUUUGGUGCAGACAUAGAUUGGAUUUCAACGUAAGCGGAACGUCCUAGAAAAAGCUGCUCCGGCAGCGCACAAUUACAGUAAACCCGAUCAAAUAAUAUCCUAAUCAUGGAUGAUCGUACUAUAGACUCGAUAUUCUUGGGCUCGCUAGAGUCCUUGCCGCCGGUUAGCUCGAAAAUUGUGCGUAUCUUUACGAGCUCCACAUUUACGGAUACUACGAUGGAACGUAAUACGCUGAUGGCCAAGUGCUAUCCCAGAAUCAAGGAUUAUUGUCGUGAGAAACAUGGGCUCGAGUUUCAAGUGGUGGACAUGCGUUGGGGUGUUCGAGAUGAGGCCACCGACGAUCAUAUGACUACAGAGCUCUGCAUGCGUGAGAUCAAAAAUUGCCAACGCCUGUCGAUGGGACCCAAUUUUAUUGUGUUUUUGGGUCAAAAGUACGGCUAUCGGCCGAUACCCACAUACAUAGUCUCCUCGGAGCUGCAAAUGAUAUGCGAAGAGUUGACCUCAAUGGGCGUGGAUCGUGCUCUGCUUGAUCUAUGGUAUAAGAAGGAUAGCAAUGCUGUGCCGCCUAUUUCGGUGUUGCAGCCCAUAUCAUCUAUUCUUAUCAAUUUCAAUAACAAGCGCGUUCCAAAGCUUCAGGCGGAGGAUCAAGCCGUCUGGUGGGAUACGCUGAACAAGAUGCAAAAGCUGUUACGGAAGGCUGCCGCCUCGCUGGGCGCCAGCAACAAGAUGUCAAAGGACGAUGUUCACAACUAUUUUAUGUCGGUCACGGAACGUGAGGUGAUCAAUGGAGUUCUGAACGUGAAGAAUACCAAAAAUCAUUGUCUGGCUUAUGUCCGCUACAUAAACAACAUUAAUCUGCAAAACCUGAAGAAGGCCUCGCUCUUUGUGGACAUUAUCAAUCGUAGCUUGGACACGGAGUCCGCUAAAUUGUUGAGUGACUUGAGGGACACUCGUCUACCCGCUAAGAUCGAGGCGAGCAAUUCGCAAAAAUAUACUGUGGAGUGGAUCGGUCGCGAGGGCCUGGACAUAGAAACGCAUGAGGAGUAUUUGAAUCAUUUCAUUUCGCACUUCUAUAAGAAUGUUGUUAAGCUCGUGGAUAGGGCCAUGCGCAAGGAAGACUCCAGUGCACAGGGGCAGAUAGUAACUGAGAUCCUUCAGCAUUUGCAUGCUUGUAACAAUUCGGUGAAAAUCUUUUACGGCCGCGAAGAAAGUUGCGAGCGUAUCAAGCGCUAUAUGCUGGGGGAUUCAGAUAAGCCACUUGUCCUUUUUGGCGACGGAGGUUGUGGAAAAACUUCAUUGCUGGCCAAGAGCGCCUCUCUUGUAGCCAGCGAAUGGUUCGCCGAUAAGCGACCCAUCAAUAUCAUCCGCUUCCUUGGCACGACUCCGGACUCUAGCGCCUUGACGGCUACCCUCAUAUCAAUAUGCCAGCAGAUAUCGUACAACUAUAUGCUACCCUUUGAGAAUAUACCAGAUGAUCUUGUACCCCUAACAGCACAUUUUAAGCAAUUACUAACUUACGCUAGCCCCAAUCAGCCGUUAACUAUAUACUUAGAUUCAGUUGAUCAAUUGACGGGCACCCAAGAUUCAAAUAAGGUAUCCUGGAUACCGACACGCUUGCCAGCCCACUGCAAGAUUAUCAUAUCGUGUGCUAAUGAGCCCGCCAAUCCGACUGUCUCCCAUGAGUACCAUGUGCUGUGCAAGAUGAUUGACGUGGAGGAGAACUUCAUAGAGGUGACUGCACUGGGCGAGGACCUGGCCAUGAACGUGAUCAAAAUGUGGAUGAAGACCGCGUGUCGCGAUCUUAACAACUACCAGUGGCGUUUGGUGGCUAAUGCAAUUAGCAAAUGCUCCCUGCCCAUAUUUGUGAAACUGGUUUUUGCCGAGAUUUGCCGAUGGCGCAGUUAUACGCGUCCGCAGGAGACCCAUCUGGCCAACACGGUGAUGGACUCAAUCAUGUUGCUCUUUGAGCGCGUGGAAAAGCAGCAUGGUCGCAUUCUGGUCUUUCACGCUCUGGCCUAUAUAACCGCUUCCAAGUCGGGUCUAUCCGAGAGCGAACUCGAGGACUUAAUCUCUUUGGACGACAAAGUCUUGGACGAUGUCUACCAGUAUCAUAUGCCGCCAGUGCGUCGCAUACCCCCGCUGCUGUGGACGCGCAUCAGAAACGAUUUGCCGAACUACCUGAGUGAACGGGAAGCCGAUGGCGUCAAUGUCAUGAACUGGUACCACAGACAAUUCAAGGACACAGCCAAGGAGCGUUACUUUAAGAACAUGAAUAUGGCCAUAUAUUUUCACUCAAUGAUUGCAGAUUAUUAUUUGGGCAUUUGGGGCGGCGGUAUACCCAAGCCGUUCAAAUUCACGGAGAUACAGAGGCAUCGUUUUGGCUUAGCUGACAAGGAAGGGUCAGCCGAUCGUAAGGUUCCUAUACAACCGCUGGUCUUCACCAGCAAGGAUGGUCUCUCCAAGCGCUACAAUUUGCGCAAGUUUGGUGAGCUGCCUUUUCAUUUUGUGCGCUCGCGAAGGUUUAAGGAUCUGUUCGAGCACGUGCUCUUCAACUAUGAAUGGCUGCAUGCGAAGCUUUCGAGCUGUCCGCUGCAGUCGGUGCUGGCCGACUUUGAAGAUGCCUCGACCAACACAGACGACAAGGAGUCGAAGCGUGAGCUGAUGCUGGUGGCGGACGCAUUGCGCUUGGGCGGUGCUAUCCUGGCCAUUUAUCCCAAUAUGCUGGCGCCGCAGUUAAUUGGUCGCCUGCUGCCAGAGAUUGGCGGCAAUCCAAAUAUCAAAAUGUUGCUACGAGCCUGCGAUCGCUCCGGACCCAAGGACUGUGCCUUAAUUCCGGUCAAUCAUUGCCUGCACACCCCCGGCGGACCCCUCAAGUACUCGCUGGAAGGUCAUCAGUUUGCCGUAUUUGCAUUUUGUUUGACCAGCGAUAUGCGUUACAUGGUCUCCAUAUCGACGCACUUCAUCACCUUCGAUUUGUCCACAUCGGAUCUGACGCGUGACGUGAAUCCCGGCAUUGAAGGCAUCAUGCAGCAGCUGGUCCUUAGCCCGGACAACAAGUGGGCGGCUGCCUACUCGAACAAUAACCAAACGGUGCUGCUGAACAUGCUAUCCAGCGAGUUUGUGGUGAUCAACAGUCCAUUCGAGGAUGGCGACGGACCAGUCAGUGGCUUGUACCUGCUUAAUCAGAAUUUAUUCAUUAUUUGCAAGCUGCGCUGGGCCAAAUUCGACAUGCGUGGCAAUUUGGUCGAAAUCUUUGAAGUGCCGGGCGAUAAUACGGAUUGGGAGAUAUUGUCAAUGGAAUUCUUCACCCCACUCGACUAUAAUGUUAUCUUUUGGUCGGGCUCAAUAAAUGAAAUUCGUUUGCGCUUGGACUCGUGUCGCACAUCCAAUUACUCCAAUUCAGUGCACUUCUUUAGCGCCUUGGUCAUGAACAAGGGCCGCACGCGCGCCUAUGGCUGUGCCAACAAGGAUAAUUUCCAAGUAUCAGUUUACGACUUCAUCGAGAAUAAGGAAACCGGCGAGAUACACUGGACUUUUGUGGAGCACCUGCCGCGCUAUGAGAACGAUGAGAAGGAAAUGCUGCUGCAGCUGCGCUUGGAUCAACAUCAGCAGGAUCGCAUGCUGCUUGGCACCGCUGGCUUGGGCUUUGUCAUCUGGGACUUUGGCCGCAAUGAGAAGGACUGUGAGCGAGCUCCCAUUUGCGAGGGCGCAAUGUAUCUGGCCCUGCCGCACGGUGUUAGGAAUAUCACUACUCGCAUCAUGCAAUCGAAUUCCAUAAUGGUCAGCUCCAAGCUAGACUAUGCGGUGGCUGGGGUGCGUAAGAAUCUCUACGUCUGGUAUCUCCACAACGGCCAGCUGGCCAAAGUGUUGGAUGCUCAUUUUGGACGAAUCAUACAACUGGAGCCGCUGACCAUUGGCAACUGGAACAAUUUGGUGACUUCAUCCAUAGAUCGCUCGGUCAAGGUGUGGAAUAUCAACAAUAUAUUUGAAAAGGUCCAUGUCAUUGACCGUCAUGAGCUGCAAAUAGACGACAUCAGUCUCUCCGAGGUGGACAUAGCUGUGACGGUCACACGCAGCUGCGUUGGCGUGUGGGAGACCCGCUCUGGUCGCCUACUUGCCAAACUGGCGGACAGUCCAUUGGGCGCCAUUGUAACGCAUGCUGAAAUCACUCCAGACGGACGGUACAUCAUCUCUUCGGAAACGGGCAAGUUUUUGAUCUGGAACCGCGUGUCCGAGCAGGUCGUUUAUCGCGACGAUCAGCCGGGCAUUCAGCAGAUAACGCUCAUGGACUAUGGCUACAAGGUGCUCACCGUGUCGGUGCCCAACAUUAAUCAAAGAGACAUUCUAACCGGAUCGGAUGAAACGAAUCGCCUGACGGCCAUAACAACAGUUCGAUCGAUUCCAGAGGGCACAAUUCUAUUUCGCUUUGAUUUUCACAUGCGCAUGGUGACGGGCAUGCCCUUUCGCCAGUCAGUUAUCACAGCUGACAAGGCCUAUAUAAUCGUGGUUACUUUGGACAAAUCUAACAAGGAUUGCCUGGGUGUUUAUAGCGCAACGAAUGGCUCUUUCGUAUCAAAAAUAUUGCUCAAAGGCUGCGCCAUCAAGGAGGUGUUCUCGUUGGUGCCCAUGCCUCACAAGGCUAACCAGGUCGCUGUGAUCAGCAGCGAGAAGGGCAGCAUUAUGGACAUCAAGACCAAGAAACAUGUGCGCUCCAUCGCCAAGUGGGGUGGCAGCCUCACUCGUGACGGAAAAUGUGGGCUGUAUGCCCCGACGAGGGGAGGCUUGGAGAUGCUGGAGCUGCGCAAGGGCACCACAGUGAAGACCUUUAUACCAAAGGUAGCUGAGGGCGUCUUCUCAGUCAUUUGCAUAUUCACAGAGAAUGACGAGUAUGUGGCGUAUUACCACAGCGGCAGGAAGACCAUUCGUGUAUUUCGCACCGCCGACACUGAGAUGAUUGCCAACUACAGGCUACAAGCCGAGUUGACAGCCAUCAAGAGCAGCAAGGAUGGGCGCGCCAUUGUGCUGGGCACUGUCGAUGGCUGCAUGUCGGUGCUGGCCAUAGUCGAUCCCAAAAACGAGGAAAUGUUUGAGUACUUAAGUGCGUUGCCAUCUCGCGACGAAAACUGGAAGGCCAAACUGGCCAAGAUGAAGGCACGCGUAGGCUUCAAGGCGGCCAUCAGAGUGGCUACGAUUUCCUCGCGCUAUGGCAAGCCGAAGAAUGACGAGGGUGACGGAGAUGAUGAGGAGCUAACUGAAAUAACGGAGGACAUAGUGCCUGUAGCGGAUUAGAUGAAGUAUAAAUAUAACAUUUAUUGUUGAUUUGCAUAAAUAAUGGGCAUGUUACAAAAAAUUCGUGAAUAUGAAGGUGUGUGAAUGUUAAACUGGACAGGGCUUAAUCUAAAUAAUUAUUAAGGCAAAACGUAACUGCAACAUAGUAGAUUAUUCAUCAUCAUAUUAUAAGCUUGCGUGCAGUAUAUUUUCAAUGUUUAAAAAUUAGUUAUUUAUCUCGCACUGACAGUUUCUGCCUUUGUUGGCCUAUUUUAGCCGGGAGCUGCAUAACAAGGUUUAUACAUAAUUUAUUUAGGAGGAAAAACCAGUUCUCUUUUAUUAAUACAUAACAUGUGGUAAUUGAUUUAACUUUAAAUUUUAACGCAUUUUUAUAGAAUGAUCGUAAAAUAUGCAAGGAACUAACUUAACAAACGACAAAUGGAACAUAUUAAAAU